ACUUGGAUUCAGUCUGAUUUAGUUUUUGCUGUGAUCAAGACGCGUCGCGCCGCAAUAAAAAGAAAUUUGACCACAACAAAGAAAUUUAAUUAUUCCAAAAAAAAAAAUAAAAAAGUGCACAUAAAUCCCCAGAGUAGUUAGUGCAAAAUAUUGAUAUAAUAAUAUAUAUAAUCUUGCAAUUUAUAUAUAAUUUAUAUAUAUAAAAAAAAUUUAAUUCGAAUUAAAAACAAAUAAAAUAAUGUCUAAUCAUCUAAAUACAUCUCAAAUGGAUCAAAGUGCAACUUUAAAUGUAAACAUGCAAGGAGGAAGACGUUCACCUAGAGCUGUACCAGAAAUAGAUGAUGAACAUGACAACCGUCCAACAGUUAAUGGUGGAGAGGGUGUAGAUGAUGGAUUUUUACUUAAAGAUCAAACUGGUGGUGCUAGACCACAUGCAGAUCUACCCGAAAUGCCAGGAUUUUCGUUCAAUUAUGAUAGACCCGGAUUUGUUGAUAUAAAUGGUGUACCCACUCCAAUUCCCGAUGUAAAUGCCUAUCAACAUAAAAAGACAUUGGCACAAGGCAUGAUGGAUUUAGCAUUACUCUCAGCUAAUGCCAAUCAAUUGCGUUAUAUACUCGAAACUAACAGUCGCCAUCCGUAUUAUUAUUCCAGUAUAAUUUUCAUCACACUCAGCAUUAUCUUUCAAAUCGGUGUUGGUGUUGGUUUGAUCUGGAAUACACGUUACAAUGUCAAAAAUGAGAAGGAAAUUUGUAAAGCGAAUAAAAUUAAUAAUUAUACAGUGAUUGGAAUCUUUAUCGUCACAAUUGUCAAUGUGUUCGUCUCUGCAUUUAGUGUAGCUGAUCGACCGGGUACAUCGUAGAUGAAUCACUGCAUAAUAUUGAUAUUAGUCAGUGAAAAGUAAUUAACACUGUGAUUAGUUUUAAGCUCGAAUUUUAGGCUUUAAGCGUUUUAUAUUGAACUCAUUAAAUGUAAGCACGCCUAUCAAUUAAAUUUAAAUUAAUUCGGAAAUCAUGUUCACAUCCUUCAAUUAUUCAUAAAAUUCUUGUUGUAAUAUUUAUAAAACAUUUUUCUAAUAUUGC